UAUUUCGACUUAAAAAAGGGUUGAAAGGGGAGAUCAUUGUGCAAGGCAAGCUCAAUUGGUCCAAGGUCCAAGAUACUGUAAUGGACAAAGGCUCUCGGAACAACUUGGGCCCUCUGAACAUUGAGUUCACGUAAGAUAUUGUUAGGUGAGCAGUGAUUAUAUAAAGUCGUUAAAACACUUGAUGAGCUGUCAGUUUAUAAUGCUCUUCCAAUUGCACUGCCAAGUAGCUGCAUACUUUUUCUUGUUUGAUGGUCUCGCUCGAAGAGAACUCAAUUGCUGUACCAGUACAUUUAAAUCCGGAUUAUGCGCUAUCUUCUUUAUGUAAACCCCAUGCUUAUUAUAAAGAUAUCGUUUUGAAACUCGAGUUCUUAAAGUUUGAAUUAAAGUAACUGUUUUGAUUUUUUUCUAGAAAACUAAUAAUGUACUUGUUUGCUUGUUUUUAGUAAAGAAUAGCUUAACAUAUAGUGAUAGGUCAUUAUUAAUUGCAAUUGUUUCGUGCAGAAAUCAUUGCAAAAUGCUGCAUGGUACCUUCGGAAUGUGCCGAUCGACAGACAAAAAUAUUAGUUUCUUUCUUAAAGUGAGGAGUCGAUUUAGUGCCGUUUGUGAAAAUUUCUUACUACAGGUAAUUUGUGUUGACUUCGAAGUAUAAGAAUGAACUCUUAUUUUUGUUCGUGAUAAAUUCAAACAAGCCUCCCUUAUACAACAGGUGCUUAUAAUUUACUUGUCACAGCCUUAACAGGUAUUGUGGGCAGUGCCGGCCGACAGGCAGUAGUUAGAUCAUCAGCUAUGUAUACAAACUUGUUGCAUCUGAAAAUCGCGUUAGUUUGAAGCUUUCACAAGUGCGUACAAAAUGUCACAGGAAUCGCUUCAGCAUCAUGGAGGUUGUCAAGUCGGAGGCCUUCCUCGCAUACAAUGCAUGAGCUCCAGUCAACCUGAUGGAGGGGAACUGGGAAUUUGCGGGAUCGUCAUUACUGUCCUUUGCUAUAUCCUUGUCGUGGUAACAUUUCCAUUUUCCUUGUUCUUUUGUUUGAAGAUAGUGCAGGAAUAUGAAAGAGCUGUCAUCUUCAGACUUGGGAGAAUACUCCCCGGUGGGGCCCGGGGACCAGGGUUGUUUUUUGUUCUACCUAAGAUUGAUCAGUACAGCAAAGUGGAUUUGAGGACAGUGUCAUUUGAUGUACCCCCUCAAGAGGCUUUGACACGUGACAGUGUUACAGUCACUGUUGACGCAGUGGUGUACUUCAGGAUCCAGAAUGCAACAGUGUCGGUUACAAACGUCUCAGACGCUCAGGGUUCCACCAAACUGCUGGCUCAGACUACCUUAAGAAACAUGAUCGGUACAAAGAAUUUGAGCGAUAUCCUAAUGGAUAGAGAGGGUUUGAGUUCUCAGAUGCAGUUGUUCCUGGAUGACGCCACUGAUCCUUGGGGAGUUCGUGUAGAGAGAGUUGAGAUUAAGGAUGUCCGCCUUCCAGUCCAGUUACAGCGUGUUAUGGCGGCUGAGGCUGAAGCUACCAGGGAAGCUAAAGCUAAGGUCAUUGCUGCAGAAGGUGAAAUGACAUCAUCACGUUCUUUGAAGCAGGCCGCUGACAUAAUGGGGGAGACACCGUCGGCGAUGCAGCUUCGUUAUCUACAGACUCUGAACACCAUCUCAGCUGAAAAGAACUCCACCAUCAUCUUCCCAAUUCCUGUGGAUUUUAUGAAAAAUUUUUUAAACAAGUGAAACUAACACUGGAAGUGUGAGGAUGAAGACUUUUACACCUGUAACUGUUCUAAGUCAGUCAGUCACAAUUAUGGAAGUGGCUCUCUUGCUUUAAUAGCAAUUUAAUUUGCCUUAAAAGGCGGUCGAUAACCGUGAUACCAUGACGUCUUUGAGGUAGAAUGUCAGGAUGGUUGAUAAACAAAAACAACAAAUGUCGAAACUUUUUAUAAGACAAUAUCUUGCACAAGAGGAUUUUAAUGUCUUUUGCUAAUACAAGUCAAUAAAACCUUUCUACUUUUAUAAUUGACUUUAUAAGCAACAACAUGCGACGAGAUGUCUACGCUUUUACGAAUUUAAAUGAGAGGGUUGUCAGAACGUUAACCAUUUAAAACAUUCAUCAUCGUAUCAAAUUUUAGUCAGCCAAACCAGACGGAGGGGGCAAAAGUUUGGUCAAUAACUACGCCAAACUCUCCAUCCAGCCCUGACGGAGUUGUAAUAAACGGAAAGUAUUAUGAAUUGAAGUUCCAAACGUUGUUUUUCCUGUGUCAUCCGUUCAAAAUAAAAAUAAUUUUUCCUUUUUUUUUAUAAUGUUAUCGUAAUUUUUUUGCUUUCUCAUUUAGGGUGCAAAACGUUUUGAUAACUAUUUCAAGUUGUUGACGGUAAUAAUGUUAUGACGAUCUAGAUAUGUUUGUUGAUUUAAUUUUACAGUACAGUUCAUAGUUAGGUAGCAUCAAGUAAUUUGUACAAAGUUCAUCCUAAGCUUCUUGUUUGUUAAGUUUUUGAAACCCUCUUUACUAUGAAUUUCUUCGCUGUAUUUUGUGAAAUGACUCGAUUCUUUUA